AAUGUCUACUGAGCAAUAGCAAACAAAAUUACAUAGAUUACAAAACUAUUAUCAUUAGUUUGAAAAGGGUGAAAUCACAGGAACUUAAUUGAAAUCUCAAUUACAAACUAAUUUAAAAAUCAGAUGGAAUCCCAAUUUAGAAAAUAUGAUCCAUCAAGUUGAUCCAUCAUAUACAGAUUUUGUUAGAUCAAUUAAUAAAACAAAUAAAUAUGUACCAAAAUAAACAACUCCUUAAUUGACAGAAUAAAUCAAUUACCCAAAGAAAAUAAGAACAGAACAUAUGUAAAUUUAUAUAUUAAUUAAUAAUAGAGGUCAUGCAGAUUUGCUUAAAUGGGAUUGAU